AUGACAAAUAUUAAUUUUAUUUCAUCAGAAAAAUGUCCUCUUUCAUAUUUAUGUAUUUUUAAUCCUUCAUUUGGCAUAUCAGAAGGAUCUUUACAUAAUCAAAUUUUAUUUUUUAUUUCAGAAACAUACAUUUCAUUAAAUGAUCAACAGCGUAAUAUUGGAUUAAUUCAAGGGAUAAUGGAGUUUUCUUUAAAUUUCGGAAAAAAGGUUUCUAAUGAAUAUAUACAAUCAAAAAAUCAUGUAAUUAUUGUUAUAGAAGUAGAAAAUGGAUGGUAUAUUGCUGCAUCGUUUUUUUCUAAAUUUUUAAGGAAAAAUCAUAUAUUUUUUCCACCUUUCACAGUAUUAUUUAAUUAUUUAUACCAGGCAUACGAGCAAUAUCGACUAGUAUAUGGAUUAUUAGAUUAUACAUUGCAAAAAGAUGGCCGCAAAAUUUUAGAAAGUCAACUAAAUGAAUGGUGGCAAAAAUGGGUUAGGAAUUUGGAUGUUACUGUUAAUGAUCCAUCUAUUUUAUAUAGUGCAAUUAAUAUGGGCUUUAUUACACCCGACUUUAGAUUAAAAGAAAAAAUAAAUAAGAACAUAAAUGAUUUAAAAGCAAGUAACGAACGUAUUAUUGAUUUAAUUAUAUCAUCAGUUUCUCCUAUUUUCAACUAUCAUAAACAUAAUGAAGGUUGUCUUUACUCAGGUGAUGGUACUAUACCAAAGAAUACUAUAAAAAUUCUGGAUAAAUGGCUUCAGCAUCAAAUUAAAGAGCUUAUUAAUAAAGUUGAUAUAAAUAAAAAGAAUGAUCAAGAUAAUUUUAGAAACAAUCGAGACAAAAAUGAAAAAACUACGUUAUCAGUAUCAGAUCCAUCUGUUGAAUUUUUGAACAAUAACUCUAAUUCAUCAAUAUCUUUAUGGAAGCUUUCAAACUUUUUUACUCUUUCGUCAAUAUCAGCUAAUAUAAGUAGCUAUAUUUCAUCUGUUUUCGUUCGAAAUAAUCUACAUUCUGUUUCAAAAAAACGACCAUGUUUAUAUAAUUAUUGUUCUGAAGAUAAUAAUAUAUUUUUUAAAUAUAAUAGUGGUUUAGGAGAUUUUAUUUAUGGUUUUAUAGAAAAACAUAAUUCUGAUUCUAUACUUUCCGAGAAAAAACUAUAUAUUGGAGAUAAUCAAAUAAAUCAGAAUAUAAAUUCAUCGUUAAAUAAUCCUAAAUCAGCUAAUGAUUUUGAUCUUAAAGUAUUGAAUUUAAAUUAUGAAUCUGAUCCUCAAUAUAUAUCUGUUUCUGUAUAUUAUUCAUAUCCUUUUGUUUAUCUAAUUGCUCUUAAAGGUCAAAAUAUUAAUACAGAGAAUUCAGAAAAAAUAUUUAUUAGAAAUAAGAUAUUCUACACAAAUCUUCAAUGCUGUUUAGAAAAGAUUGCAAUAGAUAUUGAGACUUAUUUUGCUGAAUCUUUUGAGAAUUUUAAUUCUUUUUUCUGGCAUAUAAUAUUUGAUCCUAAUACACAAGAAUUGUAUACUAAUGUACCAUAUUCAAAAAAAAACGAAGAUUAUUUACAAGUAGAAAAAAAUCUUUCAACUGAAGAUAUAUUACAUAUACACUCGCACGCAUUAUCAAUUUUUGAUAAAAUAAAAAACUCAAAAAAUGGCAACAAAAUAAAUGAUUAUAUUUUAAAAACAUCUAAAAAUUUCUGGGUUUGUUACUUACAUGUUAAAGAAAAACACAUAAUACUUAUUUUAAAAAAAAAUCAGCAUAAAGAAAAUAUUAUUCAUACUACCAUUGAAAAUAUUUUUCAAGAAGCAAAAAAAUAUGUUUCAAAACUAUUCAAUCUUUCGGAUACUCACAUAUAG